AAUUCUCAUUCAAUAACUGUAAAGAACUAUUAAAAAAAAAACUUUCUGGGCACAAGACACUAGACAGCGUUCGAAUCAACUUCCUUCAAUUUACACCGAUAGCAAUAAUAAACUCCUCCAGCCAGACGAACGCCGUUGUCGGUUACGGCUUCCCGCCUGCGGGUCACCGUUGUAUAAUUCAGCACAAACUUGUUUUCUUUGGCUGCCAAGAAAAUUGAGCACACACAUAUCCAAGUUUGAAAUCUUUUAUUUUUAUUAUUUUUUUUUAAAUCAGGGCGCAGAAUCCCGAAUUUCUCUUCAGUAAAGAGUUAGGGUUUUAUUUGUAUCGUGUAAUAAUUAUAUUACAUGGAUGGCUUGUUACGCUAGUGGUAGGUGAUUUUGGAGACAUUUUGAAUUAUCCGAUUUCAUGGCCGAUACUUGUAGCGCCGAUUCGGGUGUUGCGUGGCUUUGGGCCAUUGAGUAUCUAGCAAGCUUCAAACAAAUAGACCCCUCCAUUUUACAUGAUUUGAUUGAUGAGGCUCCUGAAUUACCUGAGGAUUUAGGAAAGAACACUAGGGAAAUGGUUGCUUUGAAAUGUUUGGAGCAUUUGUUUACUAAUAAUACUAAUGAAGCUCCGAAUGAUGCCCCCUCUGUCCCGAAUCAAAAGAUUAAAUUUGACCUCAACGAAGCUUGCGAAGAUGUGCUUCAAUCCAUACUGAAAGAGAUGCCUGUAUCUGAUUUAAAAAUGGCUGGACCGGAUCUGUUGAAAUGGGAUGUGCCUCCUUUUAUCUUGCACAAAAGAGCUUCCAUGCCAAAAUGUGCUUUAGAACAGCUGAAAGAUGCAAUUCUUGAAGGUACUCAUCCAUAUGCUGCUUUCUUCGGAGAACUUAGUGGUCUGGUGCAUAAAAAUGAUGAGAAUAAUAGAAUCACUGUUAGUUGUGGGACUGACAGUAAUGGCACUGAUGCCCAAAUUAUGGCACCAGAAGGAAACAACAUUCAUUUGCCACUUGAAAAUAUGAAUAGAAUGGUGAGAGAUGAUUCUUGCCUGAAAAAUUUAUUACCCUUGAAAAGGAAUGGAAAUGAUUUGGAUAAUGAGCAUCCAAGUGGAGACUAUCAGGAAGAUCAAGGGGGCAUGGAUGAGAGUGAUCUCCUUCUAAAUGCUAAGAAGUUUAAGACUAAUGCCUCGUGUGCUAAGAAGUCUAGGGAACAGAUUUUAAUUUCUCAACCCUGUAAUGAAUUGGUGGAAGAUUCUUCCAGAAUGAUGGUUGGAGAUGCACAAAAAGAAAGUUGCCAUGUGGAAAGAGUUGCACAAAUAGGAUUAGGUGAAUGCUGCUCUUUUGGGAAUGGUCAUGGCAAGUUUGUUGCUACAGAGAGGCUUGGGGGAAUUCCUACUGCUGAUGCUAAUAACUUCCAGAACAAUCAUUCUGACCGUGUAAAUAAUGCCAACAAAAAGUCAGAAGGUACAUUUGGAGAUGGAUCCCACCAAUGUAUCUUGGAUGAUGAAGUCAAUAAGGCUGAACCUAGAGCAUCAAACGGUGCAUCCUCUCUAAGAACCCCCCAAGAAGUCUCCGCUGAUGACAAUAAAAACAACCAUGAUUAUGGUAGUCAACUUAGAUCACCGCAAGUUGUUUCCUUGAGUGGAUUUCCCAGAGGUACCACUGUCGAAAAAUCAGAAGGUGGCAUAGAGAAUCUUUAUCAAGAAGACACAUCAAGUGAAAGUGGUGGGUAUCAUCAUGAGAUGAUUGAUGUUGCCAUGGAGAAGAGUCAUUUCUUGAGCUCUCAGUGUACCCUAAGUCAUGCUUCUCCAUCUAACUGGACAGAGCUAAAUCUUUGUGUACAAUGUAGCAAAGAUGGUCAGUUGUUGGUUUGUAAUGCUGUUGGUUGUCCAUUCGUGGUUCAUGAGAAGUGCUUAGGUUGCUCACCAAAAUUUGAUGAGAAGGGAAACUUCUACUGUCCAUUCUGUGCAUAUUCUUAUGCCAUCUCGAAGUAUCUUGAAGCUAAGAAAACAGCUACUUUGGCAAGGAAGGAACUAUCUGCAUUUAUUCAUAAGCGUCCUGAGAGAUCACAUUUACAAAAGCUUAGUAAUUUAGGACAUAAUGAAGAUGAGGAUAAUAUUUGCAAAAUCCAUGAGACUGCGGAUUUGGGGGAGAGAGGAUCUGAUAAAAAAAAUGAUAAAGUGCGUGCAUGUAUAAUCAAUGGCCAAGUUGAGAAAAGAAUAGGGGAUAGGCAACCAGAGGAGCCUAUGUUAUCAUGUAUUGAUGUGAAUGUAAUGUGUAGAGAACAGCUUGGUGCAACUCAUGGGAUAACUCAUAUUGCUUCUGAAGCAAAUGAAAGUGAAGAGAUGUCUCCAAAGUCUUCGUUUGCAAGGGGACUUGACAGAGAAGACCAAACUUCUGCUGGCCUUAAGUCUCAUGGUGAUAAUCCAAUGUCCAAAGACAAAGAGAUGUUUUCUUCAAAUAAAGAAGAAGCUGAAGGAAGAUUUGAGAAGGAAGUUUUAGAGCAGCAAAGUAGUGAUGUAUUAGAGAAACCGGUUUGUGCUGGUAAUGUUGAUGAAGGAGAAACCUCUGACGAUGAAAGUGAUGAAAAUAUGAUGUCUGAUUACUCCAUAAGAUUACGGAGGAGAAGGAUGAGAGAGAUUCAAUAUGCAUACCCAGCAACUCCUCAGUUCAGGCGAAAGAAAGUUCCAUGGACAGCUAAGGAGGAGGAGAUACUAAAGGAGGGAGUGCAGAAAUUUUCAAAUAUUAGUGACCGAACUAUUUCGUGGAAGAAAAUUUUGGAGUAUGGUAGUGCAGUAUUUUUGCAUGAUCGUACUACAACAGAUCUUAAGGAUAAAUGGAGGAACAUAUGCAAAGGAAGUCCUAAAUGCCAAUAGUCUUAUUAUCUGAUCAAUUUUCAUACAAGUCCUUGUAUGAUUCUUGGUUUCUGAUAAUUGGAGAUUACACUAGAAUCUAGAUAAAUCUGAUCUAGAUUGCUUUCAUUAUUGAGGGUUCCAUUUGAUCUGGCAGGUAGACUAUAAUCAAGUCAGACAUUGAGAAAGAUACCUGUGCUUGCGUGAUAAUAUGAUUGGUGCCAAGCAUAUUAUGUAUCUCACUGGAUGUGCAAUAUGUAGACUCUCAUGUACUCAUCAAAUCCAGAAACAAACACCAGUGUCAGAAAUUCUAGAAGUUUUGGGUGUUAUCUUUUUAUUACAUAUCAUGACAAUAUGAUAGGUGUUGCAUGUGAUGGCUGUAUUUGUAUGGGAUGGCUGUUCUCCAUUUUUGCCUCUCCAACACUGUAAAAGAUAGUUGUAGAUAUCUAAAUUUCGGUAUUUUUGUUGUUUAUUAUUUUAGUUUGAUGUGUAAAGUUGCUUAAUUUUUUAUGAGAUAAGGUACAAUUUUGUUCCA